AUGACGUGGCGUUACAACAAAUCAACUGAGAACCGAAUCAGGUGGGGACAGCAUUCAGGUAUUGGGUUCAAAUUCCUCAAAGCCGUAGCCAAGAACUUUAUACUCCUUCAGGUUUUGUUCUUGUGCCUUUUCGCGUAUGUUUUUGGCGCACUCUACCUUCAAACCACCCAUACGCACAACAUCAAUAUAGCUCUGCUUGAUUAUGACGGGGGGGCGAUUGGCUCGGCCAUCAAGGCAGCAUAUGAGAGUCUAGGCGGUGACGGGUUUCCAACACUACAGGAGGUGUCGCCGAGCGAGUUUCCACAACCUUCAGACUUGCUAUCAGCAGUAUGCAGCACAAGAUAUUGGGCAGGACUCUACGUAUCAUCGGGCGCUUCAGAUCGACUGGAAAAUGCCCUCGGAGGCGGCUCGCCAGCCCUGGUGUACAAUCGCUCAGACAUUAUCACGUUGAUUUGGAACCAGGCGCGAUACUCAACGGUCGUCGACGGUGCCGUUUUUUCAAACAUGCAAACCCUUUCCAACACUGCGAGAAUAAUUUACAGCACCGCUGAUAGGACAGGCGCCUUGCAGAAUUUCACCGAUACGGAAGUCCUCUCAGUCUUUGCCAACCCGUGGAUAUUGAGCUCGGUCAAUAUCCAGCCCACGACUCAGGGAUCCCGAGCGAUUUACAAUACUCUCGUCAUCAUCUUGAUUUUAAUCCAGGAUUUCUUUUAUCUAGGGACCAUUAAUGGUAUUUACGCAAACUUGAAGAUCUAUGCCCGAAUCCAUCCUUUACGGAUUAUCACGAUGCGGUUCCUCAACUCGCUCGUGUAUUGCAUGGUCGGAUCCCUCUGCGUAGCAGGUAUGAUCUGGGCUUUUCGCUCAGGUUGGAACGUGGAUGGAGAUCAGUGGGCUCUGACCUGGAUCACUUUGUGGCUGUUUGCGCAUCUGAACUUCCAAGUUCUUGACGUGUUCACCAUUUGGCUCCCGGUGCCCUACGUACCGAUGGCGCUUAUAUCAUGGGUUGUUUUGAACGUGACUUCCAUUCUGUUGCCGUUCGAGCUUUCUCCUGCGUUCUACCGGGUCGGUUACAUGUUCCCGGCUCACGAGGUAUAUGAGACGCUCCUGAACAUCUGGUCCAGUGGCUGCAAUCCGCACCUGCAGUACUCAGUGCCGAUUCUGUUCGCCUGGGAGAUCGUAGCCCUCGUUUUGAGCGUCCUCGGUGUCUUCCGCAGAUCUCACUAUGCAACCAUCGCCGAAGAACAACAGGCCAAGCAGUUUGACGAUCGCCUAAAGGUAGCAGAAGAGUUUCAGAGGGGCGAGGAUGCGAAAUUACAGACGCCCAUCGGCUCGGCAGCUCAGAAAGACCAGGUAGCCAUCGACGCUGAUAAAGAAACUAGCUUGGAGAAUGGAGCGACACGACAAAGACUGGCCGCUAUCAUCAACAAGGAGGAAAGAGAGGAAGCGCAAAUCCGAAGAACACUGAGUCGGACUUGCAAUUUUGGUCCCUCUUUCAAUAUGCCAUUUGUUGGGGACGAUACAGACUCUGACGACACGCGCUCAUUGAAGUAG